CAGAGUGUGGGGCUGGAGUGAGGACACGCUCGGUGGUGUGCAUGACCAACCACGUCAGCAGCCUGCCGCUAGAAGGCUGUGGGAACAACAGGCCAGCAGAGGCUACACCGUGUGACAAUGGGCCCUGCACAGGCAAGGUGGAGUGGUUCGCUGGCAGCUGGAGUCAGUGUUCCGUCGAGUGUGGCAGUGGGACACAGCAGAGAGAGGUGAUCUGUGUUAGGAAGAAUGCAGACACCUUUGAAGUGCUCGACCCUUAUGAGUGUUCGUUCCUGGAGAAGCCCCCAAGCCAGCAGGCCUGUCACCUCAAGCCUUGUGGUGCUAAGUGGUUUAGCACAGAAUGGAGCAUGUGUUCCAAGAGCUGUCAGGGCGGAUUCCGGGUGCGGGAAGUUCGGUGUCUCUCAGACGACAUGACCCCAGGUAGCCUCUGCGACCCCCAGUUGAAGCCAGAAGAGAGAGAAUCUUGUAACCCUCAGGACUGUGUCCCUGAAGUUGAUGAAAACUGCAAGGACAAGUACUACAACUGCAAUGUGGUGGUCCAGGCGCGCCUCUGUGUCUACAACUACUACAAGACCGCCUGCUGCGCCUCUUGCACCCGAGUGGCCAACAGACACACAGGCUUUCUGGGGAGCCGAUAACACUCCUGCCCUCCUGGGGUUACAAGCAGAGCUGGCUGGUUGCUGCUCCGCCGGGGACCCCACGCUCACCCUCACAAAGCGUACCACAUGGUACCCAGGAUGUUACAAAGCCAUGGCUGGCCCUUUGAGCAUUGCCCUAUCCUGAUGACGCCCUUCCCUGGGGCCUGGCGCCUGCUGAUGGUGCCUUCUGAAAAUCAAGCAUACAUCUCUCAUCCCAACUCCAGGCCUGCUGUCGACCGAGCACAGCCUCCUUCCUGGUGUUACUGGCCUGCCCAAAAUUAGAACCCCUUUGGAAAGUCAAGAGAGGGCCUCACCCCACCCUACAGCACCAAGAAACCUUGCUGAGACCUGUGUACCCCUGUUACCCCAGCUCAGCCGUAUCUGUUGCCAUUCUUAAGGAGACUAGGCAGCUCCCUGCCCCGGAACAGAGGCGUCUCACCACAGAGUGCCUUCUUGUUGAGCAGGUGCACAUGUUCUCAGACAUUAGCUCGCUGGAGGCUGCGGGGCCCCAGAACGGGAGGCAGGGGGUGAACAUGGGCUCCCACUUUACUGGCAAGGAGACUGGGGCUCUACUCAGGUAACUGAGCUGCCGUUUAGGGGCCAGGCCUACCCCAGAUGGUUGAGCACAGCCCUCACCCCACAGCACCUCCGGUGACCCUGGGCUCUGUCCAGAGCCUACAGUCUGAAGGAUGAAUGGGGCUUCCUCUCUGACCAGGAGGCUGAGAAGUUUCCCCAAGUGCUUUCUCAAAUGAUCACUUAGUUCUUCCAAGAUGUCUGCACCCAUGUUCCCUCAGCCGUAACUCCUGCUGACAGGACUCUGGUGUUCACUAAGU